CAGCAGCAUAAAAUAUGUUUCUAGAGAAUUUACUGCGUGUGCAUGAUGCUAUUUUAAGGCACUUGUAUGUCAUUUUUAUGUUCUAGGAUUUCUGCUAUGGAUUUGCAGAUACAAAACAUGGCUCAUAUCUUGGAAAAUGAACCGUUUUUCAAAACCGCGUACCCUGAAGCUGAGGAGGAAUUGAAACAAGUUCCUAUGCGAGCUCGUCCAUCAUGGCAGGAUAUUAAAAUCACCGACUUGGAAUAUGAUAAUGAAUUAAUGGUGACACACGUGAAUCAGACACAUGAUCUGCUGAGAAUAAAAGAUAUGGAUUCCAGCUCAGGCAGAAUGCAGACUUCAGAAGAAUGGCUUUGUCAUUACGGAAUAGAUCACUUGGAUCUGACAAUCCAAGACCUUCUAAAGAAGGGACAUAUUAGCAUGAAACCGAACUGUGGCUCCAAACACAUAGAAUUUACCGCCCAGACAGUCAAUGAAUUUGAAUUAAGAAUACACAAAGCUAUCGAACUUUAUCAGCAAAGAAUCCGUUGGUUGAUGGAGGGAAGCAGAAAGAUGUUUGGCCUUAUAAAAGGCGAACGAGCUGCACUGCUGAUAGAUUCAUCAGAUUUAAACUGUGGGCCUAGAAGAAUGGAUUUCCUAAGAGCCGUUUUGUGCUUGACAGAUGAGCAGCUUGCUUAUAAAGAGCGGCUUUUCCUUAGCGCCUUUGGAACGGAUGUUUCACGUCUCUGGGACACACCUAGAGAUGUUAAUAUUAGCAGUUUGCACGAAGCCAGACAAUGGAUUCAGAAGCUGCAACCUGCCGGCAGCUGUAACCUACUUCAAGCAUUACGGAAUGUGCUGCAGAUCCAAGAAAUAGAUUCGCUUGUCAUUGUUGUGAGCAGCUGCCCUGAUCAGACCCCUGAGGUUUUAUCUGCCUACCUUCAGCAGUGCACUCUGGGUAGAAAUCUACAAAUCCACACGGUUGCAUUUGAUAGCAUUGGCCAGGACUCUUUACAGAACUUUGCAGAAGCAGUGGAUGGAAGGUUUCAUUGCUACUCUUCCUGGAAAGAGGAUGAGAUCUACAAAAGCACCGAUGUUCAUCUGCUGCUUAAUGAGAAACACAAAGCUGUAGACACUCUCAACAAGAUCCAGGAAAUGCGUCAAGGAAAGCUCGGGGACGCACUGAUCAGCGUAAUGCAGGAGCUUUCUUCUGAGGUUGCUAAGAUUCCAUCUUCUGUACUUCUUCCUAAACCUCCCAAUCACGAUGGGCCUUUGAACAUUGAAAUUCCAAGUUUCUUACCAAAAACCUCAGCUGAAUGGCUCAAGAAAAAUGGAUUGAAAGCCAAAAAACUGAACCUCUAUCAAGUAUUAGCUCCAAAUGCAUAUUCCCCCAUCGAGGAGUUUGUGCCAAUACUUCAGAAAACUGUCUCAUCUACUCUUCAUGAGAGAGCAAUGAUGCAGUUUGAAUGGCACGAUGGCUCUGUGAAAAAUAUCCACGUGGAUCCUCCCCUGCUGUAUGACUAUCAGAAACAGCUGGCCAAAGUAACAAGAACCUAUGAAAAAAGAAUUGACUGGCUCACUACUGGCAGCAGACGACUGUGGGGCACAGUCUGUGAAAAAAGUGUUGUUUUGCUUGUUGAUAUCUCCGCUGAGAACGCCAUGCACAUCAUACACAUCCAGCAUGCACUGCGGCUACUACUUGAGGAGCAAACAGCAAACAAGGAUUUCAUCAACAUCAUAGCAUUUGGAAGUGAUAUUAAAUCCUGGAAGUCAGAAAUGGUUUCUUCAACUCCCAAGAAUUUACAGAAUGCCUGGAAGUGGAUUCUGGGUUUGCAGUGUGCAGGUGGCAGGAAUAUACUGGGUGCAAUUAAACUAGCCAUUGAAGCCAACUUUAUUGAUAAAGAAAACCAGGAAUCCCAAGGAAUAUAUUUAUUUAGCAGCGGUGUACCAGACCAGGAAGCACACUCAGUUUAUGCGUAUCUUCUCGAAGCGACCAGUGGGUAUGAUUUACAGCUUAAUGUUUGCCUCUUUGACUUCAAUGAGCACAGCAACAGUAUUGAUGAUAAAAGCAACACAGUCUCCAUUUUGAAAGAUUUGGCGCAUGUUACAGACGGAAGAUUUCACUGGUUUGAUGGCAAAGGUAUACUUGAAAGUGAUGAUAUCAGCUAUCUUGUAGCAGAGAUGGAAAAAGCGGUGAACUACUCCAGAAAGUGUGCAUACCUGGUGGAAUCAUUAAAGCAACGUUCAGGGGUUAAAGAGGAAGAAGAAAAAACAAUGAUCCCAUUCCCAAAAGAACAAUACAGACCAAAGAAGCUACCCCUCCCAAAGCCAACUGCGCUGUCACUUGCCAGGAUGAGUAUCAAGGACGAUCAAGAAGACAAGAAGGAGCGCUCUGUAAAGGCGCUGAUGUGGCGUCCAAACAGUGCUAAGGCAGAUAUUCCACCAGCUUGGCCAACGAAAGAUCCAACAAGUGUCUCAAAGAAGGUAAAAAAAAAAGAUCAAGCAAAAAUGUCCUUGAGUGUAUUUUAUACCGAAAGUGGAAAAAAUGUCGGGGUUGUCUACAAGGAAUAUCCACCAGCCAGGACAGUGAGGAAAGCUGUUCCUUUCAUUGUAUUGCCAAAAGAGGAAGCGAUCUGUUCUACUAAAGGGUGGCUGAAAAAAUUCAGUUUGAAGAAACUACGGCUGGAGCUGCCCAAGCUAAUGUUUGGACCUGACUGUACUCAUCAGAAAAAAAUGGUACCAGCAUUGCACAAGAAGGUGUCUGCAAAGUAUUGUACCAUCUUUCCCAGUGUAGAGGUCAAUGGAGUUGUAAAACAUCUCCAGUUUCAGCCUAAAGAGCUGGCUGAGUAUAUUGAGCAGCUGGAGAAGGUUCUUCGACGUUACAUUCAGCGAAUGCAGUGGCUACUGUCUGGAAGCCGACGACUCUUUGGAACCGUACUGGAAAAUAAAGUGUGCAUAUUAAUAGAUUCAUCAAGUUCCAUGGCUCCUUACCUUGUAGAGGUGCAGAAGGGUCUAACAACUCUCAUAUGGGAGCAGUUACGGACUCAAAGCACCUGGUUUAAUAUGAUCAGCUUUUCAGAAAGCAUGGAAUCGUGGCAGGACUGUCUAGUGGAAGGCACAGACGAAGCUUGUCAUGAUGCCGUACAGUGGCUGUCGCGGCUAAAGCCUUGCGGUAAUACCUGCACGUUUCAUGCAUUACAGAAAGGGUUUGAGAUCCCAGAUGUGCAAGGGCUGUAUCUCCUCUCGGAUGGGAAGGCCGAUGCUAGUUACAAUAUUAUGGCUGCUGAAAGUCUUCUGAAAUCCUAUAAUAUUAAAAUCCACACCAUUUCCUUUAAUACCACCAAUAAACACGGUACGGCAUUUCUAAAGACGCUGUCUGCGUUCUCAGGGGGGCGGUACCAUGCUUGUCAUGCAGAUAAAGACGGACUCUUUGUUGCUCACAGAAUGUUAACUGAGGGAUUCACAGAUGAAGAUGAUCCAGUUCUUCCAGUAUUUGAAGGGGACGAUUUAAAAAUCCUUUGUAAAGAAAUAAGGAAAGCGCGUCACUACAUAUCACAAGCAAGAUCCUUCCGGUUUCUUGUAGAAGAAAAGCAGAAAGCUGACUAUAGAGGUGCGUCCUUGGAAGGCAGUGAGCUUGCUGACGAUGCAAAUGGAACUGUGGCAGGAAAUAUCCUUUAAUCAUGUUUGAAGAAUUAUUAUCUGAAGUUAAAAUGGAGUGAGAUCUAUAUAAAGACGAUGUGUGUGAUGUUUAUUUUCAUAUUUGUGGUCAUAUAUCUGUUUAAUGUAUAUUAUUUAAUUAUUACUGUCUCUCUGUUGUCAUGGUAACACAUUUGAAUGUAAAUAAAAACUUUUUACAAAAAAUAAAUAAAUAAAAACA